CUCUCUCUCUCUUCCUCCCAAGUAAUGGUCGUUGUCACCAAGCUAUGGCUCCUUUGCUCUUCAAGGAAAUGAAAGGAGUUAACUUCCCUUGUGCAUCCCCAGCAUCGGCUGCGGUGUGCACGAGCAUAGACCGGCGUUCCAUGGUCCGGCCAUGCAGUGGGAGAGCGCUCGAUCGCCACUCGCCUCAUAUACGAGACUCACGGAGAGCAAAGCCCAUCACCAACCCAAUCUCUCAAGCCCCCUCCAAGCCCAAAUCCUACACCCAGAAGAGCAGGAAAAGGUCAGACAAACAAGUUGAACUCAUCAGCCCCGCGGAUUCGUCUCGGUGUCUGCUAAAUGAUACUCCCUACUUUGACGUCUUAUCUGAUUUGGAGGAGCCACUUCCUCCUCUUCUCCCUCCAGAACCAGCAAGGCCUCACACUUCUAAGGGAGACGACCCAAGGCUGCAGCCUUUUUCCAGGAGAGAUGAUUCAGCUGUUUUAAGGCCAUCUUCUUUCAAGGCAUUUGAUUCAGCUUUUGUGAGGCCAUCUUCUUUCAAGGGUGACGAUUCAGCUGUUUUAAAGCCACCUUCUUCUUUUAGGGGUGAUGGUUCAGAUGUUUCAAGGUCAUCUACUUUCGAGGGAGACGAUGAUUCGGCUGUUUUAAAGCCCUCUUCUCCUAGACCAAAAGAUCAGGUUGUGGUACUACGGGUAUCGUUGCAUUGCAAGGGUUGUGAAGGGAAAGUAAGGAAGCACAUCUCCAAGAUGGCAGGGGUGACGUCCUUCAACAUAGACUUCGCCACGAAGAAAGUGACGGUGAUCGGAGAUGUCACGCCACUCGGCGUGCUGAACAGCAUCUCCAAGGUGAAAAACGCACAAUUCUGGCCAUCACCACCAACAUCAUCAAAAUCACCUUAAACCAGAGCAAUUUUUCUUAGGAACUUGUAAAUUAUGUAUGAUGUUUGGACAAGAGGAAUACAUGUGGCACGUCAUAUGCUGUUUGGGCCCCCAACAAGGAAGUUCGAUGCCUUUUACAUCCGGAAAGAACGAGGAGACUAGUGGAACAACUUUAGUUAUUCUCUAGGCCUUACUAGUCUUUUUCUUUUUUUUUUUUUCUCCGCCUCUUUUCUUUUAUCUUUUUAUUCUGAAAUCCAUGUUGAGCUGUGUAGCCUUCUUGGAUGUCGCACUUUUUUCUAGAAGAGAGUUCUGGUGUUAGCAUUUGUACUAUCAAACAAAUGAAAUCCAAUCACCUUCUGCUGAGGUUUGUAUGGAUACAUGCCCUAUACUUGAAUUUAGAAGGCACAUCUUAAAAUGGUCAUGAACAAACUGAAUUGAAUAAUUGUGGUUUGUAAGCAGAGAAGGAACCGUAUAUAUAUUAAAGCUGCAUCUUCUCUUGUUAGUUGAGA